AUGUCUUCGCUACCGACACCGCUGCCUCCCUACAAAUGGACCCUGUUAACGGCAGGUAACGCCAACGUGGUUUACAAGAGCGAUGAGACCGAUCUGCUUCUGCGACUGCGACGAAACCGAAACGCCCCUUCCACAGCCGAGGUGGACGAGUAUCUAACUGGAACAAUCCGACCGGCCAUUGGCCCCUUUCUGUUUCACUAUACAGUUGUGAAUCUGCCUCUGGGGUUCCUCGAGUCGCUUCCCGAGGCCGAGAAUCUCGAUCUCGGAGAGCCCCUGGGUCUGCUCAUGGAGAACCUGGGGCCUAAACCAAAUGAAACCAACGUGCUCAAGUCCCACGCAGUCAAAAUCAACUACAGCGACAACUGGGAGUCAUAUACGGUCGAAUUGAAGCCCAAGUGGCUGCUUCAGAGCCCAACAGCACCCAAGGACAGCAUCAACUGCCGAACCUGCGCGUUACAGCUCAAGCGAGAGAAGCCUCGAAUCUGCCCUCUCAAGCUUUUCAACGAAGACGAACAGACAUCGCUGCAAGCUCUAGAGGACGUGUUCCCCGGCACACAAAAGCAGUUCGAGCCUCUUGCCAAGUUCUUCUCGAAUUCAGAGCUGUUCGCCGAGAUCAGACACAUGCAGCAUGGAGACGAGUUGGGUAUUCUGGGUUACGCAAAUUACGUCCAGGUGCCUCCUCAGUUUGUCACAGCUAUGACCAUGCGAGACGUGUCACUAUUUGUGCACGUUCAGGGCGACUCUGUUAAUGGAAAGAUUGUCGAUGCUGAUCUCAAGUCUGUUUCUGAGAAGCGAGACUACUGGGCCUCUCUAGAGACUGACCUGAUUGAAGGCGGAUGGUACGAGAAGCCCGGCACGAAUUGCCUCCUAAGAAAUUAG